AUGUUAGUCUCAAUUCUGCUUUUGCAAAGUCUCCUUCUCACCUUCUCGGCAGGACUUGAAUUUGGUGAGAUCGACGCUAAUCAUAUCACUGGUCAGCUCCCCAUUAUCACUGGCAUCAUGUCCAGUCAACCACCAUACAACAAUUUGACCUACUACACCUUCGGCACUCCAAAUGGACUGAAACCCGCCAUUGUUCUAGAAGAACUCGGCCUGAAAUACAAGGUUGAAAAGGUUGACAUCUCCAAGAACACCCAGAAAGAGGAUUGGUAUUUGGCAAUCAACCCUAAUGGCCGUAUUCCCGCGCUCAAAGACGGUGACUUACGGGUCUUCGAGACUGGGGCAAUCAUGUUGUACUUGACCGAUCAUUACGACAAGGACAACACACUCAAUUACCCUCAAGGUAGUCCCGAGUAUUAUGAGGUCCUUUCCUGGCUCAUGUGGCAAAUGGGAGGGCUUGGUCCCAUGCAGGGUCAAGCAAACCACUUCCGGGCGAUGGCUGGAGUACACUCGGAGUAUGGCAUCAAAAGAUACAUGGACGAGACGAAACGACUCUUCGAUGUUCUUGAGUCUCGUUUGAGCCAGGCCGACUGGCUUGCCGGCUCCAAAUACACCAUUGCCGACAUUGCAAGUUAUUCUUGGGUGCGAGCAGCGCCACCUUUCUUGGACAUCCAACUUGACGGCUGGCCUGGUAUCAACAGAUGGUUCAAGCGCAUCAGUGAACGACCAGCGGUCCAAAGAGGACAGGCGGUUCCUGAGGGUACCAGGAGCGUCGAAGAACUCACAAAGAUGGGUCAAGCUAUGCGAGCCAAGGUGGAUGGAAUGAAAGAGACUAAACGCGACUCCUAG